GCGCCGAAAAACAAAUAACGACAGCACCAGGCGGACCUCUCUGGGGAGCGCAUUCCACAGAUGGGGCGCCACCACAGAGAAGGCCCUCCUCCGGGUACUUUGCCUCCUGAUAUCUCUUACGAAAGCCUCCCAGAAGAGAGCCCCUACUGCCGAUCUCAAGGGGCGGGAGGGCAAAUCCAGCAAUUCUUGAUUUGAACAACCCAGGAAUUGCUUCUGUGGCAGGCAGACCAGGCCUGUCGCUACGACUGUGCGAAAUGUUCACCUCUUUUGCCAAGUGGACCAAGGUGGUACUUCGGAGCAGCGGGAGCGUGCACGGACUGAAGCAUCGCUACCUUGCAUUACAGCCCAGCUUUUUUCACUGCUCUUCACUGCCGCUGCUUCUGCCAAGCGCUGCAGCCUGGGUGCCCGCACAGGAGCUGUUCCAGUCGACGAAUCAGGACUGUGAGCGAUAGCAGUGUUUCAGUCCUAGUGCAGAGCUUGUGGUUUCAUUAACGCCAACGUUUUACACUGAUGUAAAAAGUGCUGUAAGAGAACUUUUUAACCAAGAAAUAUUAUAUAUUUAAAUCUUAUAUCGAAAAGUAAGACAAUCAGAGUAGAAAAUAACAGUUCAGUUUUAUUUCCUUUUGAAGCCAACGGUUAUAUUGUUCUUGUUUCACAACAACCGAAGACAAAGAAAGUGAAGGACUGAGGAACAUCGAUUCUGAGAAUACCAGGAAGCAAAAUAAUCAUGACUGAAGACUGAACUGGGCUUAUCUUACCAUCUGUCUCAUUAAAGUGCUCAACUGUUCAGCCGUGUUUGUCUUCCUGGAAGUCAGAGUAGCUUCCUGGCUUGUGCAGAAAUUUUGAAUCACAGCUGUGACUGCUUACAAAUUGAUCCUGCCUGUGAACAUGGUUUCUUAGUGAUAAAUGUCAGAAGCGCUAUUAGCAACUAUAUUCUGAGAUUUCCUCACCUUACAUUGCAGCUCCUAAAUUUGACGAGUUCUUACUCGGACGACCUUUUUAGUGUUGAUCUCAAUGUUUGAAAAGGUGAUGCUUUCACUGGAACACGGCAGGUACGGCUUUGUAGACUUCCCUAAGAAAAGGAGAGCUUAUCUAAAAUAAGGAUCACAGUUGGGAAACAGAUGGAGCCACAAGUAGGAGAAAGGAAGUGGGUGUCUAGGAAUUAGUUCUUGACCCUUCUGAUUUUUUUGCUCUGGGAAAAACAUAUACAGCUAUUAAUUUAAUAUAUGGGUGGCCUUUGAGAUCACCACUGGCUUUCCAAUCCAGUUUUUCAAAGUGCUGCACAAUAUAAUUCCAUCAAUAAACCCAGCCCUUCAAGAAUUUUAACUAUUAUUGAGAAUAGAUAAAACACCACAAAAGAACCAAUGAAUUUAAAGCAAGGUUUAAAAACAAUUGUAUAUAAGUUGUCUAAAUAAAUAAAAUAAAAUUUAAAAAAAUCACCUCCUGAUGAAACAGCAACAAAAGCUGAAAAUUCUAGUGGAAAAAGGUCUUUGCCCAACACAGGAAAGAGAUCAGUUACGUAUCAGGCCUCAUAGGGUGGGGAACCCAAAAAGGGGUCUCAGAAUGUUGGUUCUGCAGAAAUAAGGGUGUGUGCUUGAAAUGAAUUUGGGUUUGAUGCUGAGCCAGCCAGGAAAAAUAGAUAUGGCCACAUAUUUGGGCCUUUAAGUCAACUUGACAGAAAAUCCAUGUGAAGAAGGGUCUCCAUGCACUCUCCUGCAAGCCAACUGGAUCAUGGCAUCUCAUUGACACGUAAGCAUAAGACUGCAGAGGAUACUUUGGCUGGAAGAGCUUGUUCCUGCGAGCAAUGGAUCUUCAUUUCUUUCAAACUCGUUCUAUAAUUCCUGUGACCUGCCUAUCGGGCCACACAGAAAUGCAUGCAAUAAACAAGGCCAGAUGAUAUGUGAGAGUUUUGCCUUUCCUCAGUACUGCAGUUACCAGUGAGUUGCAUUAGAAAUUCGGUCAUUCCUCACUAAUCUUCAGCAGGCCUCAGGAAUUUUAGAUCUGAACACUCCACACUGCUAGCAGUGUUACCACGGUCACCUCGGAGUGGUUUGUUCUUCUGAUCUUCUUUGCCUUGGUGAAUUCUUGACUGAAAUGCAAGAGGGGCUUGAAACACAGUUCUCGCUAAGAGCCCUCUCAAGCAGAUUCAUGAUGAGCUGCAAUAAGCUGCAGCCGCAGCCAGUGAGUUUCUCUGCACAGCCAUGCGGAAAAGUCCAUGCAUAUAAUACCAUAUGGAGAAGCGGCUAUGGCUUUCGGUUUUUUCCAACCUUGAAGAAUGCGCACUGAAAGAGCACAAAUGGUUCUGUCUCUCUUGACUAAUUUUUCAGCUGCUCUGCUGGCAUUAUAAUCACUUCCAUGUGAAAGCAGAUCUGUGCCUUAGAAUCUCGUGGCUUUGAUCUCAGCACCGCCUUUUGGAAUCUGCACCAAAAUCAUGUGCAAAAAGAAGGGACUUUCCUUCUAAAUGGGUGGAAAUUUCAGUCCUUUUUCUAUCCGUGGUUCCUCGUUAUUUCAGGGAGUCCUAGAUCUUGAUUAACCACUGGCUUUCAUGUCUUUGAUUCUACUGCGAGUUCUACUAAGUUAGCCAAAGCUUGGAUCUAUAUUGAUCCUGUUCUUGUACAAAGAGAAUGAUUUCAUUCUUGUUGCUGGAACCUGGCAGAAAACAUUUCUUUCCAUUGUUAUAAAACGCUUGGAUAGCAAUAAUUACAGUGAGCAGACAGCAGACACCUUUGGGAAUUGAAGAAACGAGGCAGAUUCCAUGAGUGAUGAUAAAUACUUUGGCUACUGGUUUUGAAAUACUCCCUAAACCAUGCUGGGGCUGUGAAUUGAAGCUCGCAUGAAACCAGGCACUACUCAAGCCAAAAGCCAGCAUCCUUCCUUCCUAUGUGGGUGUACUCUCAGUUUCUGAAAGCAGUACAGCUAAAUCCUAGAUAAGAAUUCUUCGAGAAAGAUUGACCGAAGUCAGCAAUACCAAACAUUUCGGUCGUUUCCCUGUGUGUGCUGCAGUUUCUGGAGAAACUGCCAGAAUUGGGCAUUGUGUGGCCCUCCAGAUGUUUUGACCCACAACUUCUAUAGUCCCUUGCCAGUGGUAUGCUGACUGGGGCGGAUGGGAGCUGUGGGCCAGAGCGCUGCCCCUACAGAAAAGUCAGAGGCUUCCAUGGGUGAAAGAAGCUGCUUUGGCUCUGUGUGAUUCAGCAUUCUGGCUUUUUUCCGUCCAAAAUCCUGGUAGAGUGAGAAUAAUUUGGCCACUUCUUUGAGACUGGUGUGAUCAGGAACCACCCAUCCCCUGUGGCAGAGGCACAGCAGAAUUUCCUGCCCCAAGAAGAGGUUUUCUUUGAUGUUUCUGGAAGGCAUAAGCAGCGACUGGUUGGACGACCCUGCACGGAUGCUGUGCAGUCCCCAUUUGGGAAUUUGUCCGCUGACCACAGGUAAGAGCUUUCAGGUGGCCUUGAGAGACCGCCAGCUCCCUUCCCUUUGCCCCACAUACAGCGCAUGGGGGAGAGGGCAGAAACAGUACUGCGAACCCAUCAGAGCUUCCUUAGAGGUUCCUCUUUGGGGUUCGGAGAGGAACUGAAAGUCUCAUGGGAGCCAACGAGGAAUGCUCCCUUCCCACUGGUACUCAGUGGUGCUGUUGCUCCUUGGUGAUCGCUGCUUCCUUGCCUGGAAUUCUCCCACACAGGUCCUAAGCACAUUCAUCCCGAUGGAUGUGGAGGAAGGGAAGCUUUCAAUAAAAGUGUGUGUGUGUGUGUGUGUGUGUGUGUGUGUAGCAAUUUUAUUAAUCAUGGUGCAACUAUAUGGAUCACAGGGUACAGUGGCUCUACUAAACAGUAAGAACCAGCUAUGAAGAGAACCCUGCUCUUGGAUCUCUGCAGCUUGCCAGUUCCUGGUUUUAAUUUUUGGAGCUUGUGGUUUGUUUGUUUGUUUGUUUGUUUGUUUGUUUGUAGUGUUUUUAUACUGCCCUUCAGCCAAAAGGGUUCCCAGAGUGGUUUAUACAUAAGCAGUUAAAAAGGACAGUUUCUGCCUGCAGAAUUAGUCAAGGCAGAUACAGGGCAGCAGGAAAAAGGAAGGUGGAAGGAAGAGGGAAACAGAAUUAAUUCCCUGCCUCCUCCCCCUUGUUCCUCCCGGGGCAUCCCAGGGAAGCUGCAAGGAGGAACCGUUCUCUUCUCUCUGGCAGCUGCAAAUGUGAAAGCCGCCUGAAGUGCAGUGCGCUCGGCCACCAGCCACCCGCCAUGCCUGGGGCUGCACGGACCGUCGCCCCCUUGCUGCAGGCAGGCCCGUGCACGUUCCCCCGGCCGAGUGGGGAGCCGAGCGCUCUGCCCCAUGCGUGGGCGAGUCCCAGUCCUCGUUGCUGCAGCUUCUGUUUGGGAGCAGCAGCGGGUGGGGAGGAAUGCUGCUCUUCCCGGGAUGAGCGGGUCCAAUGGCCAGGCGUCACUGCCGCCGUCUGCAGGGCAGCCAGACCCUUUUUAUGCUGGGAGAUGGUGCAGCUCUGGACCCCUUCCAGCAUGGAGAAAAGUAGAGGGACGGUACUGGGGUAGAUGGUCGCCCGCCGUCUGGGACAUCGGGUAGGAGGCAGUCUUGUCCUCCACCGCAGAGCAGUCCCGUGUCUCUGGGCACAGCAUUUAACUAAUAAUUUAGUAUUUAACGAAUAAUUCCUCUGAAGACUCUCAGGCUGUUACAUCACUGAAUGAACCAUUCAUAUAAAAGGUCCGUCAGCAAGGUAGACAAUUGGAAUAUCGAAUCGGAAAAGCCGGUUCCACAAGGAGAGAGGGACAGAUGUAUAGCUAACGAUGGAGUGUUUGUGUUGAUUGCAUUCAGAACCGGAAGCCUCUUCUUCCUGCCCCAGUGACAGAGAUGACAUCAAGAGGGCCAGAGGGAACUCUGGAGAGCCAUGGACAUGGUGUUCUCAGACCCUCGCUGGCUGUCUUGCUGCUGCUCACCAGCAGCUGUCCCGCUGGUGCUGGCUGCCUCUGCGGAUGGACAUUUUGCCUGAAGCGAAACUGCUUUGGUCAAACCUAAACAUGCAGCGGCAGUGGCUGCAACUCUUCAUCUACAUUUACUCAGAGAUAAAGUCAUGCUGGUCUGAAAAAGGAAGAACAGCAAAAACUUCCCCAUGGUUCUCAGCUUGUUUCCGAAACCUGGUCCAUCAAAGCACGCAGGAGCACAUCAUUUGAUUCCCACAUAAGAUGCAUCAGUUAAAUGAGUGAUGGAAUGGGAUUGUUCUAAAAGAAAACACAUCCCUAUUAAUGCAGCUGCAGUGAACGUUGAAGGGUUUGCGGCCAAACUUGCUUUGCAAAGUAGCGGCCACUGUUUGUCAUGCAUUAUUGCUCGCUGCUGAGUAAUCCGUGCUAAAUUGUAGUAGAUGUGGAUGAGACAGCAGUGAAUCACUUUUAGAAUACUUGGCAGCCAAUUUGCUCAACCAUUCGAGGAGGGCAUGAAGCAUGCCGUUGUUUCAUUUGCAGAAAAUCUCUCCCACUGCCUUCUUUGCAAAGUAUGUGGUGCCUCUCUCCCUAAAUAGCAUCUACAGCUCACAGUUUAAUGGCAAAUACUUCUUUGUAAACCAAAUAAAAAUGCAAAAAAGACUACAAAGAUCAUUCAACACUUUAUGAACUUCAGCUUCUCUCUUCCCACUCCAUUUUCCUCCGGGUAAGAAUUUUGGCUGUGGUGCUUUCUGAAGAAUGAAGGGCUGCGGACAGCAGAGUUUCCUUUAAGUGAAUCGUUGGGGGAGGCCUAGGAGCCCAUUGGGUCCAGCCCCGCUGCUCAGUGCAGGACACAAGUCUCCCGUCCAGAUUUUGGCCAGGGCUGACCUUGCUUAAGUUUCCAAGAUGAGACAAGGCUUACGCAGGCACUUCAGACUAUAGCUUCCAUCUUGCUUCCUGUAUCAAGGUACUCUUCAUAAUGGUUAUGUCAUGUUCCAAUCAUAAAUGUACAUUUAGUUUUCAAAACAAAGCAACACAGCAAUUGUAUAUGCUGUUAAAAUCUUCCAAAAAGAUGCCCAGACUUUGCAUUCAGUUGGUGUGUGGACAGAUUUGAUGGCCCCUUUUCUGACUGCUGUCGGUAGUGCAUACAUAAUAAUUCAAAUACAGUUCUAGAAUGCAGCUGGAAACUGCCCUGGCUAAAUAGUUCACUAGUUUCAAAAAACAGACCCUGUAAGGUGGUGUGAUUCUUGGGCAGCUUUUAAUCCAUCAGAACAGACAGUUAAAUGACCCUUCACUUCUUCAGUCACUCAUCCUUUGGAGUGCUAGUAGCCACUCAGUAGAAUUCAAGAAAAACCGUGCCUCUUUAAAGGAGCCAUUAAGUCUCUUUCAGCUCAAGGGCUGAAAGCGAUUUUGGAAAGUGGCCGGGGCAGCGUUCCAGUCCCAGGAAUGGACGAAACCAACAUGGGUGGUGUCAACAUGCCAGGAACGCCAGCGUGCUUUACCUUAGAAGUCGUAAUGUUGGUGAAUAAGCCGAGUGGGCAGAAGUUGGGUCCACCGGUCUGAGGCUCAGCAUCCUGGCCUGUGAAGAUGCACCCGCCAUACCCAACUACAAAGGUGAGCAUCACAAGUGGGCGCCUUCCAGCCCACGGACCGACUAAUGUUGACGUUCGGGGCUCUGUGGCCUGACUCCCCACAAGCCACUUCGUAUGCUCACAGGUGACCACUGGAGACCUGCUUUUUUUCCUGCUAGCAUGAUCCACAGGGUCUACCUCCCGUCUUUUGUGGAAAGGGAAGGGGGUCAGUCUGCGUCAUGCAAAUAGCACGUGUGGUCUUGCUUGAGGAAAUGGGUCAGAAGGCUCACCACCGAGCCGACAAAAGGGCAAUUGCCCAGGGCUUCUUGGUGGAUUGGUGCAUUUGGAUUAGUCUGCCAAGCUAAAGGAUUGUUUGAAAUAACCAGAAGGCAUCAUGAUUGCCAUUGCAGAAAUGAAUGCCAGGGGCUUGUCAGCAUUUCCACUUACAACCCCAUAUUUUUCUGGGGCUUCUGAGCACAUUGCUUCAAUCUGGUCUGAAACUUGGCCUGCAUCUAUUAGCAGAUAUGUUUUCUUUAGCAAAUUUAAUAUCGUCAGCUGUUCCUUAACUUGUUGAGGUGGCCACUUCUCUUUUACUUAACUAGAUAGGAAUAUUACUUUCCAGUCUACUGACUCCAAUUAGAUUUAUGAAAACAAAAACCCCUGCUCACUUUAAAAAUAUGCACAUUUCCAUGUUCCGUUUGCCACAAGAGCUUGCCUCAAAGUGGUCUGCUGCUUUGCUUCGGUCAGUGAUUGACUAAACACCACCUCCCCCCCCCCACCCCUCCCAUGUGCAUAUUUUCCUUCAGUAUUUGCAGUAUUACUUCUCUCAGCUGUUGCUCUCUUUCCCUUGCUGCGCUGCAUUCAUGCACAUCUCUGGGAGAUCUGCUGCUUUGCAUUCGAUGGAUUUGGCUCUCCCAUUCUGGAUUUGAAGACUGUCAUGGUAAAAGAUAGAAUGCUCAGGAACUGAAGGAUCUUCAGCUAGUGUUUGCGCGAACCCUCAUCUUGAUGCACCCUAUUUUUAUCACUAGAAGAUUGUGGUUUGCUCUUCAGUUUUACUUGAUACUGCUAUGUGGAAGUUAAAGGUACUUUCGCAUUCUAUUUUUAAUUCACGGUUACAAAAUGAGUGGCAGAAGCAUGACUGGCCUCGCACUUAAUUUGUGGGAUUUUGCUACUUUUUUUUUCCUUUUUGUCAUUUCCUGAAUGUCUGCUGCAGAGACAUGCAACCCAGGAACUGAAAAUUGACUUCACAAACUGUCUCUGAAUCUCAGGGGAGAAGACUCUUGCGUAGGUUCAGCUGGGGGACAGGCACAGAUUGGAACGAGACCCGAAGGAUCCAUGUUCUUCGAGAGGGACACCCACUACCAUUUCACCGAAGUGCGCCAGCUUUGCUGCAGGCAAGUCAGGCAGAAGAUGAACGUAUUCAAGAAGCGUUCCAGUCCUCCUUCGGCACUCUUUCGCAGAUCAGUGUCAGAGCAGGAUGGCGACUCUAGGCUCAGAGCUAAUCUGAAGGACUAUCAUUGGUGCCAUCAAGUGAAAAGCAAGAGGCUCUGUGAAGAAACAGGCUCAGAUUUAGCCAAGCUGCUUGGAGCUUACCGAUGGCAGACUCAUCCCAGACUUCACUGGAGGGUGACCAAGAGAGCAGAUGCACCGAAGACUGUUGAACAGCCACUGAGCGUACACACUGCGCUCGGUGAGGAGCACAAAGAAGACCCAGGAGACAUGGCAGCCAUGCCCGUAAACAGGCCAUUCCGGACUCCCUUCUGCAGGUCUCUAUCUGAGCCUGCACCACACUGGAGAGAGAGAAGCACGAAGCUAGAGGGUGGCGAGCAGGACAGCUAUUUCACCCGUGGGUUCUUCUCCACACUCUCAAACAGCUUUUCUAAGGUGCUGAAUCGGAAAGGGGAACAGAACGCAGCACUGGCAAAUGAAGGAACGGAGAAUGAUCUGAUGGAUCUGACUGCAGAUGUGAAGGGACCACCGACCCACAGGCUGUCUUGCGGCCAGACUCCUGAUUCCGAAACUGUAAUAUGGGAGACCAAGUACUCUCUUCUGACUGACAGCCAGCUUGUGCUGCUGAACAAGGAGAAAGAGAUGGCGGUCGAAGGCGGGCUGGAGCAGGCGCCGGAGGCUCCCCGAGGGCGUUGCCUGCGGCGCACCGUGAGCGUUCCUGCGGAGGGCCAGUUUCCCGAGUAUCCGCCGGAGGGGGCUACGAAGCUUGAAGUCCCCGCGGAAAGGUCUCCUCGCAGGCGGAGUAUCUCAGGGACAAGCACAUCAGACAAAACCAACCCCUCCGAUGCAUCGAACACGUCCCCGUUCAAAGGCUUCUUCAGCAAACGGCUUAAAGGCUCCAUCAAAAGAACCAAGAGCCAGUCAAAGUUGGAUCGGAAUACCAGCUUCCGUCUUCCAUCUCUUAGGCCCACUGACGACAGGUCCCGUGGAUUGCCGAAGCUGAAGGAGUCUCGUUCCCAUGAAUCUUUACUGAGUCCAGGCAGCGCUGUAGAGACCCUCGACCUCGGGACAGAAGAAAGAGUUUUUGUCAAGCCGCUUCAUAGCAGUAUACUUGGUCAAGAUUUCUGCUUUGAGGUAACUUACUCCAGUGGCAGUAAAUGCUUCAGCUGCUCUUCUGCCGCCGAGAGAGACAAGUGGAUGGAGAACCUACGCAGGGCGAUACAACCGAACAAGGUACCAUAUCAGGAUAACUGCCGGCGAGCUGAGAAUGUAUUGCGUCUUUGGAUCAUUGAAGCCAAGGAUUUGGCCCCCAAAAAGAAGUACUUCUGCGAACUGUGCCUGGACGACACCCUGUUUGCUCGCACCACCAGCAAAACAAAAGCCGACAAUAUCUUCUGGGGAGAGCACUUCGAGUUCUCCGGCCUCCCGCCCAUCUACAGCAUCACCAUCCACAUCUACAAGGAUGUUGAGAAGAAGAAGAAGAAGGACAAGAACAACUACGUCGGCCUGGUCAACAUUCCUAUAGCCAGCGUGACUGGCCGACAGUUUGUGGAGAAGUGGUACCCCAUCAGCACCCCGACGCCCAACAAGGGCAAGACGGGGCCAUCCAUCCGGAUCAAGUCUCGGUACCAGACCAUCACCAUCCUCCCCAUGGAGCAAUACAAAGAGUUUGCGGAAUUUGUCACCAACAAUUACACUGUGCUGUGCUCGGUCUUGGAGCCCGUGAUCAGUGUCAGGAACAAGGAGGAGAUGGCUUGUGCCUUGGUACACAUCCUUCAGAGCACUGGCCGAGCCAAGGACUUCCUGACCGAUCUGGUGAUGUCCGAGGUCGAUCGCUGCGGGGACCACGAUGUGCUGAUCUUCAGGGAGAACACGCUUGCCACCAAAGCCAUCGAGGAAUACCUCAAGCUGGUGGGGCAGAAGUACCUGCAAGAUGCACUCGGUGAAUUCAUCAAAGCACUGUAUGAGUCAGAUGAGAACUGUGAAGUGGAUCCCAGCAAAAGUUCACCCAGCGAAUUGGCCGACCACCAGGCCAACCUCAAAAUGUGCUGUGAGCUGGCCUUUUGCAAGAUCAUCAACUCGUACUGUGUCUUUCCUCGGGAGCUGAAGGAGGUUUUCGCUUCGUGGAAGCAGCAGUGCCUCAACAGGGGGAAGCAGGAUAUUAGCGAACGUCUGAUCAGCGCCUCGCUUUUCCUCCGAUUCCUCUGCCCAGCCAUCAUGUCUCCAAGUCUCUUCAACCUCAUGCAAGAGUAUCCUGACGACCGAACCUCUCGGACUCUCACGCUGAUCGCAAAGGUUAUCCAAAACCUAGCAAACUUCACAAGAUUUGGGAACAAAGAAGAAUACAUUACAUUUAUGAAUGACUUCCUAGAGCAUGAGUGGGGAGGCAUGAAACGCUUCUUGGUAGAAAUCUCGAACGCGGACACAAUCUCCAACACACCGGGAUUUGAAGGAUACAUAGAUCUGGGAAGGGAGGUUGCUGUCCUGCACUCCUUGCUGUGGGAAGUUGUGUGUCAGCUGGACAAGGGUGAAAAUUCCUUCCUACAGGCGACGGUAGAAAAACUGGGACCUUUGCCACGCAUCCUCACAGACAUUGCGAAGGCUACCACAAACCCCACACCGAUCCAGCAGCAGCUGAGGCGUUUGGCGGAUCACAGCUCAAGCCCCAACGUCAGCCUGUCCUCAGGGCUGCAGAAGAUAUUCGAGGACCCCGCUGACAGUGAGCUCAAGCUGAAGUCUCCACCCCAAGAAGGCGAAGGGUAUUUCAAAGGCAAGCUGGUCCUGAUCCAGCAAGGCUCCUCGUGGAGCACGACCUACUCGGACCAAGGCGAGGAGACCAACCUACCCAGCGUCCGCAGCAUCUCCCUGAUGGACCUCCAGGACCCCAGCGUCACCCGGAGCGACUCCGGCUCCAUGACCCACGGCGCUCCCGUGCGCCUGUCCGGCAGCCAGCUCUCCGUCAUCCAGGUGGCCGGCAUCAAGCAGCUGCCCAGCACGCCUCAGAGCGCCCCCCAGGUCAGGAGGCCCUGGCACUCCGCCCUCGCCCCGCCGGGCAGCCUGCAGCCCCUCUCCUUCCAGAACCCCGUCUACCACCUCAGCAACCCGCCGCAGCCUCUGCCCAAGGUGUCCGUGGACUCCAGCCUGGAGAACCUGAGCGUGGCCAGUUCCCGAAGCCAGAACAGCGAGGAGCUGAAGCUGAGCGGGCCCAGCAACAGCAGCGUGGAGGACUUGGCCAGGCGCAGCUCGCGUGGCGACGACUUCUCCCGGCGGGGCGCCGCGCCGGACAGGCCCACGCCCCUGGCAUUGCCGCGCCAGAACAGCGCCGGACAGGCCCCGGCGCGCCCAGGGGAGCAGGCGGGGCUGGGCACCCGGGCCCGGGCCCCCCAGUCACUCCCCCACAGCGCCUCCCUGCGCAGCACCGGGAGCACGUCCGCCGCCUCCGCCACGAUGGCGGCCGAGCCCCUGCAGAACGGCAGCCGCUCCCGGCAGCAGUCGUCCUCGUCCCGGGAGAGCCCCGUGCCCAAAGUGCGGGCCAUCCAGUGGCAGCAGAGCCAGCAGAUCCAGUCCCCUGUGGACUCUGCCACCAUGUCGCCCGUGGAAAGGACGGCUGCCUGGGUCCUGAACAACGGACAGUAUGAUGAGGAGGAGGAAGACGCGGGGCAGAACCAGGAUGAAGUGAAGCAUGCGGAAAAGUACGAGCAGGAGAUCGCCCAGCUGAAGGACCGCCUGCGGGUGUCCAGCCGGCGGCUGGAGGAGUACGAGCAGCGCCUCCUGGUGCAGGAGCAGCACAUGCAGAAGCUGCUGCUCGAGUACAAGGCCAGGCUGGAGGACAGCGAGGAGCGGCUGCGGCGGCAGCAGGAGGAGAAGGACAGCCAGAUGAAGAGCAUCAUCAGCCGGUUGAUGGCCGUGGAAGAGGAGCUGAAGAAGGACCACGCGGAAAUGCAGGCCGUCAUCGACACGAAGCAGAAAAUAAUUGACGCCCAGGUCUUAAAUGGGGAUGAGAUAAUGCAAGCAGGAAAAAAGGAUCCUCUCCCUGGACUCGGCCAACACACGGCUAAUGAGUGCCCUCACCCAGGUGAAGGAACACUACAGCAUGCAGGCCCGGAACGGCAUCUCCCCCACCAACCCCACCAAGCUUUCCAUCACGGAGAACGGUGAAUUUAAAAACAGCAGCUGCUAACAGCAACUCCUCGCACCAACCAGGCGGCCAGCUUCUCUUUCCUCUCCCCCUGCUCCAUGCCAGGUCCCCAGACUCCCUCGGUGUUUCCCGGGGCCACCUGCUUUGGAGCCGGAAGCCUCAGGGAAGUCCAAGAACAGGGAUGCCGGGACCACGGACCAGUGUGGCACCUCCCCAGCCGGCUGGCCGGCCCCCCCCCCCCCCCCGCACAGAUACAGGCUGGCCUGAGAGUCCCUCCAAGCUGCAAGGGAGAGUCAGGAACUCCUUCCCAAAGCUGGCACCUCGGCAUUUCCACGCUGCCUCUCCGGGGGCAGGAGCGUGGCAGCAGCUUCCGCUGGGCUGGCCGUGGCCGAGGGCGGUGUGGCCACAGCUGGAGCAGGCUGCCAGCAUGGGAUGCAGGGCCCUCAUGCUGCCAGCGAGCUGACCGGGCAGCUCUGGGGGAGAAGCCACGCCUGCGCUUGACCGCUGGCCAGAGGGCCCACCAGGAGUAGAACGGCGCAGUCGGCGAGUGCAGGGGAUGGCUGGAUGAAAGCGCUGUGUCGGUCACUGUUCUCGCAUCACCAUUUCCCAAGUGACCCCGGAGCCUCCUGCUCUAAAGAGGGAUGCUUUGUGAAGCUCUGGGUCGAGCACAGAGAGGCCCUCCGCGGAUUGUGGCCUCCUUACUUCCAGGGACGCUGCGAGCCCCUGCGCUCCCCACUCCAGCCCUGGUCCCAAGGCAUUCACGGAGGCUGUUUGCACAGUAUCAGGGCAGUUCCUUCCACCCCACCAUUACAAAACAUUCCCCCUCCCCCACAUAGGAAAUCUCUUUCUCUUUUUAUUUAUUGGGUUUUUUUUUUAACUUUUAUUGAAAAGUUUAAGGUUUCUAGUGAUAUAAUAUGUAAAUUGCACCCAUAAAAUGAAGAAAACCCUUCUGUUAUUUUAGUUUGUUAAUUACCUACAUUAAAGCAGUAUGUGUGAUCAUACCCUUUCUUCAGGUUUGUUUUCAUUCCAAAACAUGGCUUCAAGUGGCUGCCCUUUUUCUAGAAAUAGACGUGCAGAACUUGUCUUGUUCAUCCACUCCUGAGUAAGAGCAAUCAGCUUUUCUUCAUCGCUCCCCAACUAAGCGUUUCCCCUUGUUCUUACUAUAGUCUUCUUUACAAUAACAAUUUUGGCAGCUGGUAGGAAAACAUCUCACUAAAUCUCUGUGUUCCUUAACAACAUUCUUCCUUGCAUCCUGUGCGGGACACAGUCGCUGCCCAGUGUCAAAACCACGUCACUGCCAAGCAGCUGCGAACGGGCGCGCUCGGCCGGGGUGGGGAACUGCCCCCUGGCCCCCUGGGCACCUGCCGACGGCCAGCCCCUUCCCUUUGCCCCGGCCCUCUCCUCCAGCCACAGACCGUCCGGUGGAUCCCCCGCUUCUGUGCAGUCUUCCCCCAGUUCCAGAAGUCGGAGUGCCUCUCCUAAGGAUUCGUCGCUAGCAGGAAGCCCUGCAAUACGCGGGGUUUUUUAAAUGAUUGUGCAUGAAUUCACUCCAGAGUAUAGUAAGCCGGGCCUAGUGCGCCUAGGACUCUCCUGCCUGCUCCCCAGGCCUCUGCCCGCAUCCUUCCCCGCACGAGUCUCUGGCAGCCAAGCAGUAGAGGAGGGCAGCCAGCACAGAGAAGCGCUGAGCGGAUGCCCAUUGCUCAUGCUUCCCCUGCAGCCGCACCCCUGCCCCUCCCAAAGCAAGCCUUUGGCCCCCGUGGGUUCCGGCAGGGGCCCCUGCACGGCAGCCAAGGGGCAGCCGAGCGGCCGGAGCGAGGGACCCCGCCAGGCAUGUCCUGCAUUUCCACUUUUGUGGUGAUUGCUUGGAAGCUGACUCCACAAAUGCAGCUCCGUCAGCAGCCCCCUGAUUUGGCCCGAAGAGGAAAAUGUGUGAUUACAAAUAGCACCCCAUUCUCUCCCAAAUCAUCUGCACCCUGUUCACUAACAUCUGGCAGGUUAAUUGCCAGAUGUGCCGGCCUCAGUGCAUCUGCCCGACUCUUCCAGCCUCUGCCGGUGCCCCACGCGUGGCUGCCAGCCUUAGCAUCUUAAUGCCACCGGAAGAGUCCGUGCAGGCUUUCUUUUACCGCUACAUUUAAGCUCAACACUAAAGCUUUACAAAUGCUAUUCCAGUGUUCUUCCCGUAUCUUUGGUUUGCAGAGCCUUGAAGUAUUUGGCAUUUAUGGAGAUUUAACAAUACACAUUCAAAUUCAGUCCGAUUUCUUAUAAUUCAGAUUUCUUGGCAUUCUUUGCCCUUUUAGAUCACUAAUUCCUGAUUUGUAACACUGGAAAAGCAAGGGAGAAGGUCUUGUGUUUUAUUUGACUUCACUGUAUAUCAAGAACUUUGUCCAAUAUGUAAAUUAAAAAAGUUUGUCAGUGUAGCAUUUUCCCAUGCACAGAAUUACAGACUUCUAGCUGUAGGAAAGCCAGUUUGAUAAAUGGCAGAAGAGUGCAGUUAUGCGAUAGCAGCAAAUUGUUAUUUUUUCCCCAGAUUUCUAUUACGAAAUCAUGUGCAUAAAAAGCUUUCUCUAGUACACACCUUUCUUUGUGGCUAUUACAAAACCUUGCUAAUAAAUAGGUUAACUGGGAUCAAUGCCUUCAUUUCCCACCACUGGCAGGCACACGCACCCCUCUCAGAAUCGCAGCAGGGUGGUCUUGGCAGGAUUCGGGGUGGCGGGCCCUUCCCCUUGUGCCUUCAGCAGUGCGGUCGUGUUCUUAGCCCCGUGGGGCCGUAUUCUUCCAAAAAAACAAAAAGCCCCAUGCAUUCAAGGUUGAAUUAAGUCCUUAACUUCUGCAGUGGUGUUGUACAACCACAGUAAGAAAAAAAGGACAGCACUGUAGGCAAUAAGCUUAUUUUUUCAGCCAUCAGAUGCUUUGUUCAAACCCUAGAUUUUAAACACGUGUGAAUCGGCACGUUGACCACGGAGUCGGCAGCCCAGGCUGCCUAGUGGGGCGGCUACAUGGAAGGAGAGGGGAAGACCGAGCAGUCCGUUCCGGCUUCCUCUUGCCCCACAUGUUCCGAUGCCCCUGAUUUGGAGCGGGGUGGAUGGAUGGCGCUCAUGAAGGAGAGAUCAAGACCUCUCCGUACGGACGAUGCCUCCAGGUGGGGCAGGGCUGAACUGGGGAAGAGGUUCCUCUCUGAGCCGCAGAAGGUGUUGGGCUUCCGGAGUGCAAAGCUGUGAGCUGUGAUGACCCCCCCCCCGGCCCCCGCCCACGUCGCUUUGUAUCUCGGUGUAGAGAAAUUCUCUCCAUUCCUUUUGUCUCCCUUAGAAGGCAGGCAGGGCGGGAGGGAGGGGGGCUGUGUCGGUGGCACCAAUGUUGAAUUCUACCCGUACAGUAGAUCUGCUUUCUCCAGGGCCUUAAUGAGAAUGUUAUCUGACUGGAUUCUUUGUUUCUGCAACGCUAGCUUUCAAUAAUUUAUUUCCUCAUGGUUUCUCCCUUAACAUAGUACCUUCCCUCCCCACGACCUGUGUUUUUAUGCCAGUACUGCUGGACUUUUUGGGUCUCCAAGAUCCACUUUUGCAUUUCAUUGUCUGGGUUUGUUCUAAAGAAGAUUUAUUUUUGUUCUGUGAAUAUUUUUGGACAGUUUCUUGUAUAUGUACAGAUAUAGAUACAUUUGAGGUCUUUUAUUGAUAUUCCUACAAAGAAUUACAAAAUAAACUUUAACUUUAAGCA